AUGGGGUAUGUCUCUCUCUCGAGCGCACGGCACCACUUUGGCGUCUCGGGGAAGACUCUAUACCGAUGGGAGGCAUCUGGCAAAGUCACCGUCAAGAGGAGCCCAGGGAACAGGAGGCUCUUCCUCGUCGACGACCCGCAGCCUCAGUACGAGCCAACGAGGGAGUCGGUUGUGUACGUCCGGGUCUCGAGCAGCAAGCAACAGGACGACAUGCGACGCCAGGAGAAGUAUCUACUUGACCAACACCCCGGAUCCAGAGUUGUCAGGGACAUCGGCUCGGGCCUCAACUUCAAGAGGAAGGGACUUCUAUCCCUUCUGGAACGAAGCGAGGAAGGACUGCUACGCCGAGUUGUGGUUGCCUCGGAGGACAGGCUGUGCCGUUUCGGCUUCGAUCUCCUCGCCUGGCAAUUCAAAAGACACGGUGUCGAGCUCCUGGUUUGCGACAAGGCAGAUAAGUCACCGGAGGCGGAACUGGCAGAGGAUGUGCUCGCCGUCAUUCAGGUUUUCGGUUGCCGAUGGAACGGCAAGCGAAGCUACAACAGAGCGGUGUCUCUCAUGCACGAGACCUCCGUCUACAACAAGAUGCGGCUCAGGAACAUGAUCACCCCUGCUGAGGUCAAUCAGGACAACCUUUGGCUGCUGGAGACUCCGAAGGAUAUACGAGCAGGAGCUGUAUUCGAGGCGGCAAAGAACAUCAAGGCCGCAUUCACCAACAAGGCCAGGGGCAACAUCGAGAACUUCAAGAUGGGCUAUAGGAGCAGGAAGAAGGAGGACAGUUGUGGUUGGACCAUCAACGUACCAAAGACCGCCUUAAAGGUCAAAGGAGAGCGUUGCUUGCAGGUGUAUAGAGAUUCCUGCCCAUGGCUCUUCCAGACCCUGGGUAGGAUAGGGCCGUUGAGCAUGGACUGUAAGAUCCAGUUCGAUGGGAUGAGGUACUUUCUCAUAGUGCCAUACGAGAGACACGUAGUCUCUCCUCGGAGAGAGGGUGUCAUUGCACUGGAUCCUGGGGUGCGGACCUUCCAGACAGCUUACUCACCCGAUGGGCAUUGCUACGAAUUAGGACGGUCAUGCUGUAGGAGGCUCGAGGCCCUCUGUGUCCAUCUGGACCGCCUGAUAUCGUUGGCGAGUGUCACGCCAAAGACGCUGAGGAGAACGAAGUGGGCCAUGGGCUUGCGUAUCAAGAAGCUACGCAGGCGGCUACAGAGCCUGAGGGACGAGAUGCAUUACAAGGCAGCAGAUUACUUGACGAGGACGGCACACAUCAUCCUUCUUCCCACCUUCGAGACGAAGGACAUGACUCGAAGAACGACUAGAAGGUUACGGAGCAGGACCGUACGGAACCUGUCACUCCUGUCGCACUACAAGUUCAAACAGCGGCUGAUAGCCAAGGCCGCUGUGCGAGGGGUGAAGGUCCUGCAAGUCAGCGAACACUACACGAGCAAGACAUGCGGGAGGUGCGGAUCUAUACACGAGACGUUGGGAGGGAGAAGAGUGUUCAAAUGCCCGAGGUGUGGUGUAGUGCUCGACAGGGACUGCAACGGGGCUCGUAACGUGCUACUUAGAGCCAUGCGAGAAGAACCCCCCUCCAGGGGGGCAAUGCAAGAUGGAGCCACGGUAGAUAUGCCGUGCUUAGCCUGGACGAACGAAUGA